AUGUUUGGUGGUUUUGAUGGUGCCAGUCGUUUGCGGAGUGCAGAAACCUACAACCCGCAGACUAACACCUGGUGUGAUAUUGCAUCUAUGUACAACCAACGCAGCAACUUUGGCAUUGAGGUAGUUGAUGAUCAGCUGUUUGCUGUGGGGGGGUUUACUGGAAUCAGCACCACGUCUGAUGUGGAGUGCUACGAUGAGAAGACAAACGAAUGGUCUGAUGCGAAUGAAAUGGCCAUUUUCCGCAGUGCUCUGAGUUGUUGUGUAGUGUCAGGAUUAUCUAACAUGGCACAGUAUGCUGCCCAGCGAGACGCAGUCCAGAUACAAGACGAGUCUGAAUGACCUGCUUCCAGCAGCAUUCUGACCCUCUGACCAGGAAAAACCCUCACCUGUGAUAUGAAACAUGAAUAAAUGCAAUCAAAAAUAAGGUCAUGCUCUGAAUGUCAAACCUCUCAAGUGUGGUGUCGUUCAUCAGAUUGUAGGUUCAAAUCCUGCGCCCGUGGAAACUAUGCACUCAAUGAACAAUGAACUAUCUCAGUUGUUGUCGCAUGAGGACUGUCCCUGCAUUAUUGUACUAUAAGUUGCUUUAGAUAAAAGUUCUAAAUCUAUAUCUUAACACACCUAAAGUUAUACAUUUGUGUAAUAGAAAUAACAAUAAAUGAGUAAAAAUAGAAUGUCUAAUAUUGGGAAUUAUGUUUUGUUUAAAUAAAUUGUUUAAUAAACACUAUAAUUUCCUGUCUUUCAGGGUGACCGGUGAAUUCGUUUUGGUCUUUUUACACAUUGUGUAUGAUUGAUUUAACUCCUAACUCCUAAACAGUCUUUGCUAAAGACUAAGACGUGAUGUUUUUAUUUCUGUAGCCAUAAU